AUGGAAUUACCUCAAUGGCCAAUAAAGCAGUCCCUGAGUGCCUCUAUGUGCCGCGAGAUGCACUGGCGGUGCCUUCUCCUUUCACUGCUCAUGUACAGCUGCCUGGGUGCCGUGGCCUGGUGUCAGCUCACCCAGGUCACCAAGCUGAGCUUUGAUUCCUCCAGUACUUCCCUCACAGCCUCAAUGAACUCUCUUAGAGGAGGAGGUCGUGCCAUGAUAUACCACGACAGCCCUUGCUCUGACGGUUAUGUGUACAUCCCCUUGGCCUUCCUGCUCAUGCUCUACACCGUUUACCUUAUGGAGUGCUGGCACUGUCGUGCCCGCAGUGAACUACAGUGCAAGGCCAAUGUUGAGAGCGUGUACGAAAGGGUUCUGCGCAUGCGUCAAUCCCGACCGUGCGUCUGGUGGAAAGCCAUCAGUUACCAUUUCGUACGCAGGACUCGACAAGUGACGCGUUACCGGAAUGGAGAUGCCUACACGACCACGCAGGCUUAUCACGAGCGUGUUAACACACAUGUAGUAGAGGGCGAGUUCGACUACAGCCACUGCGGAAUGAGAGACAUCUCACGCAACUUGCGCGGGCUGGAGGCUCACGCAGCGACACGGUUACAUUUCUCCAAGUGCUUCAGUUUCACAGGAGCAGAACCUGAAAAUGCUUACCUCAACCAACGAGCCAGGUUCUUCUCGGAAAUCGAGGGACUGGAUGACUACAUGGAAGCCCGCGAAGGCAUGCUGCUGAAGAACGUCGACUUUAAAGAGCACUUCAUCACUUAUGUGGAUCCCGACCAAUUGCCAUGGUACACCUCGCGGAUCACCUUCUGGUUGGCGGCUCUCCUCAUGCUCUCCUGGCCACUGCGAGUGCUGAUCGAGUACCGGACGGCAUUUGUGCACUACCAAGUCGAGAAACUCUUCGGACUAGAGUAUAGCAACAACAGCCCGUCUCCAGAGGCCGAUGCCACCACGAGGAACAUUCGCUAUGGCCUUCCGAGAGCAGAAACCGUUGACAGUACGGAGCUGGAAUGGCACAUUCGCUCAAACCGCCAGCUUAUACCAAGCUACUCGGAGGCCAUGCUAAUGAACCUGGGGACUUCUGGGUCAAACCACAGAGACAGCAUUUCCUCCAACCGCUUGCUGUUGGACAGCUGCUCGGCGCAGAGCUACGGGACAUUGGUGCAGAAUUGUGAGCACUGUUGCCAACAGCAAGGCGGACGAAGACGGCCGACUUAUUUCUAUAUAUAUGUCAUACAAUGGCCAAUAAAGCAGUCCCUGAGUGCCUCUAUGUGCCGAGAGAUGCACUGGCGGUGCCUUCUCCUUUCACUGCUCAUGUACAGCUGCCUGGGUGCCGUGGCCUGGUGUCAGCUCACCCAGGUCACCAAGCUGAGCUUUGAUUCCUCCAGUACUUCCCUCACAGCCUCAAUGAACUCUCUUAGAGGAGGAGGUCGUGCCAUGAUAUACCACGACAGCCCUUGCUCUGACGGUUAUGUGUACAUCCCCUUGGCCUUCCUGCUCAUGCUCUACACCGUUUACCUUAUGGAGUGCUGGCACUGUCGUGCCCGCAGUGAACUACAGUGCAAGGCCAAUGUUGAGAGCGUGUACGAAAGGGUUCUGCGCAUGCGUCAAUCCCGACCGUGCGUCUGGUGGAAAGCCAUCAGUUACCAUUUCGUACGCAGGACUCGACAAGUGACGCGUUACCGGAAUGGAGAUGCCUACACGACCACGCAGGCUUAUCACGAGCGUGUUAACACACAUGUAGUAGAGGGCGAGUUCGACUACAGCCACUGCGGAAUGAGAGACAUCUCACGCAACUUGCGCGGGCUGGAGGCUCACGCAGCGACACGGUUACAUUUCUCCAAGUGCUUCAGUUUCACAGGAGCAGAACCUGAAAAUGCUUACCUCAACCAACGAGCCAGGUUCUUCUCGGAAAUCGAGGGACUGGAUGACUACAUGGAAGCCCGCGAAGGCAUGCUGCUGAAGAACGUCGACUUUAAAGAGCACUUCAUCACUUAUGUGGAUCCCGACCAAUUGCCAUGGUACACCUCGCGGAUCACCUUCUGGUUGGCGGCUCUCCUCAUGCUCUCCUGGCCACUGCGAGUGCUGAUCGAGUACCGGACGGCAUUUGUGCACUACCAAGUCGAGAAACUCUUCGGACUAGAGUAUAGCAACAACAGCCCGUCUCCAGAGGCCGAUGCCACCACGAGGAACAUUCGCUAUGGCCUUCCGAGAGCAGAAACCGUUGACAGUACGGAGCUGGAAUGGCACAUUCGCUCAAACCGCCAGCUUAUACCAAGCUACUCGGAGGCCAUGCUAAUGAACCUGGGGACUUCUGGGUCAAACCACAGAGACAGCAUUUCCUCCAACCGCUUGCUGUUGGACAGCUGCUCGGCGCAGAGCUACGGGACAUUGGUGCAGAAUUGUGAGCACUGUUGCCAACAGCAAGGCGGACGAAGACGGCCGACUAUCAGCUCUAGCUGUUCCUCCAUCUUCUCUCAUCACACCUUCCACUCCCGUUUGUCCCUGGACACCUCACACUUCUCGCUGUGCCGUAUGUACGGCUCCAGGCGCACCAUGGGACUGUGGAGGAGCCGCAGUAGUACACUUACAGAGCGCUGCUGCCCUGAUGAGCAGUGCUGCAGGUCUUACACCAGUCAGCUUGCACUUAAUGACAGCCCGCCAAACUACCAAGAUGCCCGCUUCUUCCCAGUCCUUAUUGUACAUAGGCCUGAAGGCUGUGGAGACUCCUCUGAGGUGAGGAGAUAUUAUGUUCGCAGAGGCUCCUGUUGUGUGGAGACUUCGGUUUAA